AUGAUCGUUGAUGGGUCAUCCACUUUGUAUGAGACCUUGACAACCACUUUCAUGAUCCCAAACGAUGCUGCAUAUACCAGUAUUACUGUCCUUGGUGAUGGAAAUGCAACCAUAUUCAACAUCCCGCCUACUGGUUUCGGAGGGACAUCGCCCGUCGUCACCGUCAUUAUCAUGACGGCGAUCCCUACAAGCGCCUCAGGUGACCGUGAUGGUAUGACUCUGCCGCCUGUUUACACAGGCAGAACAGCAACCGUAGUCCUCGGACAACCAGAAUAUCAGUCCAGUAAUCGUCACAAAACCCAGGACCGGGCAACGCAGAUGCUUGAGUCUACUAAGCCUCAAGGAAGCUUGAAAGCUCAUGGAGCCACGAAUCCUCACAAUUCUCCUCUCGUCACUACUCGGAUGUCGAUUUCGUCGCCCCCUGAGGAUGCAAGUUCUACCAAUGAAUCACCGGGAACUGAUGACUUUAUCUCCUCAAAAGCAACAGCAAAGGCCUUCUCAAGUCAGCUGGGGACCACUGCUUCACGACAGCUCAACACAGACACCGACAGACCUCUAACAGCUUCCUCUGUUAUGACACAGCUGUCACCAGACUCAAUAGAGUCCGGGGUUCACAGUAUGAGGGGUAGUACAGAUACGACAUGGCUCACGCAUAUUACGUUCGUGACUGUGACUUCCAUUGGAGCAGUCUCCACCACUCACACUUACACAAUAGAACCCGCCGGGACACAUGGUGUUGGAACUGUGGUCGUUGAGGUCUCUGAAACUACUACACAGACCAGUCUUACACCAAAUCAGUCUGGAGGAACGGGGAUUGUAUUCAUUGAGUCGUCAGCAAGUAUUGGCAGUGAUCUGCCAACCACUAUUUCUACCAGGCCUCCUCCCAGAGUGACCACUGGCACUGGAACCGAUGCCACCGCUGUUGUCGGUACUGAUACUUCUUCUCGAAAUGCGCAAACCGACACUGUGUCUUCUGUGCUACUUGUCUUGCCAGUCUCUUUCGUCGCACCAAAGAACCACUUUCCUUUAGUCUCUCCUUGGGCACCUCCAGCCUCUACCUCCUCGACCUCUACUACAGAGACUGCUGUGGACACGAAUAGUAGCACCGACAUGAGCACAGAUACUUCAACAAGGACCUCUCAACCAACCUCUUUGUCCUUCAAAUCAUCCGCCAUUGCGGGUCCAUCCCUCUCAUCAAAUACUGCCGUCUCAACCGAAGGUACCAGUAGUGCCAUGUCUAGCAUGGAGAUUUCGACUAUGGUAGUUGAAGGAAGCUCUUCGUCUACUGAGUCAUCUGCCACCUCAAGUUCCUCCCCCUCGUCGAGCACUACCAGUGCAGCCGAAAGCAAGGGUAGUACCUUCAUCAGCAUAGAGUCUUCAACGAAAACUUCUCAGACAAGGUCUUUGACCGGCACACCAUUCCCCAUUUCGAGUUCCUUCCGCUUUUUGAACACCACCUAUACCAUCAAAAGCGAUACAUCGACACAGUAUACUACAGAACCGGAUGCAACCACCGAUGAUAGUAAUAUGGUCAGCACAGAUACGGGAGCGCUGACAUCUGGAACAAGCACUUCAUCUGCCUCUUCAAAUUCCUUCCAGCCUUUCAGUGUUAGUAGUUCAACUCCAGGUUCUACCUCCACACUGUAUGCUGCAGUGACUAUUUCAGGCACCGAUAGAACUACCGUCAUCAGCAUACAGACCUACAUGCAGGUCUCUGAGACCACCACCGUCUCUUUAAUCUCCUUCUUCUCUGACACAACUCUCCUCUCUAUCAUCUCCGUUUCAGCUACAGGCUCUACUUCGCCUCUCCAUAGUACAGAAACUGUUACAGACAGCGACAGUGGAACUUCAACUAUCACAGAGACGUCAUCUGAGUCUUUCAUGAGCUGGAGUUCGUCUCUCGGAGUGCCAACAAGUGUCAAUGGCGGUACCAUGCCUGCAAGUCCCAUUGGAUCUUUAUCGACUGAAGUGACCAAUACAGGCACUGGGAGUACUACUAUGUCUCCUACAGACAUCUCAGAUCCUGGACCGAGCGGAUCGGUAAUCGUUCAGCAACUUGCCCAGUCUACUCCCGGUACAACAAGCUCAUUUUCCGAUACUGAUGGUACUACUGUGUCUACCGCAGAUACCUCCUCAGACCCUGGACCGAGCGGCCCGCUAAUCGUUCAACAACUUGCCCAGUCUGCCGCUGAUACAACAAGCUCUAUUUUCGGUACAGAUGGUAAUACUGUGCUUACCACAGACACUUCCUCAGUACCUGAGCUCAGUAGUUCGGUAACUAUUCAGCAACUUCCUCAGUAUGCCUCAGGUAUAACGAGCGUCAUUUCCAGUACUGAUAGUACUUCCGAAAGCUCUUGGCAGGCAUCCCCUGAGUCUAGCUCUAUUGGAACACUAUCUACCACAUCAAGCGUUACAUCAUCUUCCGAUUCAACUUCAUCAAUGCCAGAUACCUCAGCCAGAAGUACUGCGGAUUACAUCUCUACCUCUGAUACCACUAUCACCGUUUCUUUACAGACGUCAUCUUCCUUUCCAAACUCAGCAACCCCAGAUAUCUCGACAAGUAUUUCUCAUCAUACAUCUGCCUCUGGUGCCGCCACCACGGUGUAUACACAGACAUCUGGAUCUAGCAUAAGCGGAUUGGUAGCCAACCAGCGACAAGCCGAGUCUUCUCCUAACACACUAUCUACUACAUUAGUUGCUGAUAGUACUACUGCUGUUCCUUCGAGUACUGCUGAACCUGGUACUACAGAAAUCUCAUCAGUCAACUUGUCUGAUUCUUCUACUCCAGGUAUUGGCAGUACCAGUGAGACCUCUACACAGAGUUCUCUUAGUCCUGACACAACAGAAGUCACAUCGGUUGCCUUACCUAUGCCUUCUACUCCAGUUACUGAUAGCACCACGACGAUCUCUAUACAGAGUUCAUCUGAACCUGGUACUGCAGAAACCUCAUCAGUUACCUUAUCUGGUUCCUCUGAUUCAGGCAUUGACAGUACCAGCGUAACCUCUACGCAGAGUUCGUCUAGGCCUGGCACCACAGAAGUUACAAUCCUCACCUUACCUGUCUCGUCUACCCCUGGUAGUGAGAGUACCAGUGCGAUCUCUACGCAGGUUUUAUCUGAGACUGGUACCACAGAAGGCUCGUCAGUCACCUCUCCUGUCUCGUCUGCCUCAGCAAGCCUGGACGCCUCCACGAGCGUUAUGGGCUCUUACGAUCCGAUCUCGUACAUGGACAGGACUACCACCGGAGGCGGGACUGAUACUGCCCCUAUCACAGAUAUACCAUCAGAGUCCGACUCUUUUGGUGCGGUUUUGAUCAAACUGCCGGUUAUAACGUCAUCAUACGCUAUCAGCUCAUCUUCUGACGACACACCUACGGCUACAACUAUAGUUACUGUAAUGCCUGUUUUGUAUACACCUACUGAUGAAACUACUUCCCUCGAUAUAACAACAUCGUCCGAUGGGUUUACUUCUUCUCAGGGAGCAUCUUCGUCUCCAACGUCGAUAUCCUCGGUCGGAACCACUCUCUCAGAUGGCUCUGUAUCCUCGUAUGGAAGCACAUCCUUAGUUGGUAUUACAUCUACAGAUAGUACAAUUAUAUCUGAGCCUACAACUACAGUUUCUCCCCUUAUCAGCCCAUCUUCUGAUGACGUUACCUCCAUUGAGGAACUAUCUACAACACUUACUACCGUAUCGCCAGAUGAAUCUACAUCGUCCGAUGGGUAUACAUCUGAUGAAUCUGCAAGCUUUGAUAGAUCUACAUCUUCUUAUGGUUUUGCCUCCUCUGGUGGAGCUACCAUAGCUACAAUCCUUGCUACCUCAUUAUCCGAUACCUCAAUGGCUUCUGGUGGAUCGACAACGUCCGAUGGCUUUAUCUCCCAUGACGAAACAACCGUUGAUACCAUAUCGCCUAGUGAAUCCCUAUCUUAUAAUGGGUUCAUAUCUUCUGAGGAAACAGCUACAGCUACAACACUUGCUAUCGCAUCGCCUGAUAGGUUGACGUCGUCUUCUGAUGGAACUACCUUAACUGAUACCUCGAUAUCUUCUGAUGAGGCGACAUCUUACGACGGAACAGUUGCAGCCUUGUCAGCCGCCACCGCGUCGUCCGUUACCACGACGCUUUUCGAUGAAUCAACUACAACCUCCUUGUCGCCCGCUCCAUCUGAACAGGAAUCGAGUACUACUUCUUACGAUAGCACAGAUACUGCUGAAUUUAGUACUUCGACAACUCCAACGUCAUCCGUCCAAGCAGAUACUGUCACCACCUGCGAGUCUUGUCAAUGGGCUGCGCCCACAAGUACUAUAUCACCUUCAACCACAGGGCAUACGGGAACUGUUGUUAUCUCUCAGGCAGAUCAGUCGACUAGUCAAUCGUCUCCCGAUGCCACUACCGCCGACACAUCUACAGCAGUUACAGACACAGACAAGAACAUGUCUACAUCUACGACCUCGCCUUCUACCAAAGAUAACGUUGUCCUCAAUCAGCUAGUUCAAUCGAUUGGUCAAUCAUCUCCUGUUGCGACGGCGGGUGACACAUCUUUAACAAGCACAGGCACGUCUGCAUUUACCGUUUUGUCUUCUAGUGCAGACACCGCUGUUCUCAAUCAGUUUGUUCAACCGACUAGUCAAUUAGCUCUCGAUACAACGACCACCGAUACAUCUAUAUCAAACACAGACAUCUCUACGUCAACGGAUUCGCCUUCUAGUGAGAGCACUGAUGUCACCUACCAGACGGAUCCAUCAACUAGUCAAUUUCCUGAUACGAUCACCACCGACACAUUAACAGGAAUAGACAUGUCGACAUAUACAGACUUGCCUUCCAGCUCAAAUAAUGCUGUUGUCAACCAAUCAGACGAGUCAACUAGUCAAACAUCAUCUGAUACUACAACAACCGAGACAGCUACAAGCGAUAUAGACACAGACUCAUCUACAUCUAUAGUUUCAGCUUCUACUGAUGGCACAUAUGUUACCUAUCAGGCAGAUCAAUCAACUACUCAAUCCUCUGGUGCCAUGACUACAGACACAUCAACAGGCACAGACAUUUCUACAUAUACAGAUUUGUCUUCUAAUUCAGAUAACAUCUCUGUCAAUCAGCCCGAUGGAUCGACUAGUCCAACAUCAUCUGAUGUAACGACCGCAACAUCUACAACCGCCACAGACACCGACACGUACACAUCCACAGUUUCGCCCUCCCCUGUGGGUGGUGUUGUUGUUAAUCAGCUGUACCAGUGGGUGACCGUCACCUCAUACGAUGCGACAGUUUCAGCCGCGGCUACAAUCACCUUUACUCCUUCUCUCGGAGAGCAGACGGGCACUGUUAUGGUGUAUAAGCCAGAACAGUGGGUGACUGUUACGUCCUACGGAGUUGUCACAGCUGCAUCCACCACCACACUGCCUCAGUCUAUUCCAGGCGAAACAGUGACCGUAGUCAUCGUCGAGCCCCAGUCAUACGUGACGAUUACUCGAUACGGAAGUGCCACAGCUUCGGCUAUGUUAACCGAGAGUCCUACCGGACUUCAGAGCAUCGUAACCGUGUUUCUUGAUCUUCCCCAGCUAUAUAAAACUAUCACUAGCUAUGGUCCUUUCUCUACACCCACGACUACAACAUAUUCGGCUUCCAGUGAAGGAGAUGUCAUGACAGUGGAGGUAGAUCUCCCUCAACUCUACACUACAGUCACCAGCUAUGGCUCGUUUUCCACGCCUAGUACAACAGUCUUCCCAGUCUCCAGUGUUGGAGACGUUAUUACGGUAUUAGUUCUUCUACAGCAACUGUAUACUACUGUUACCAGCUAUGGGUCUUUCGCUGCACCCCUGACGACGACAUAUCCGGCCUCUAGCGAAGGAGACACCAUGACAGUGGAGGUCAAUCUCCCUCAACUCUAUACAACCGUCACUAGCUAUGGAUCCUUCACUGUACCUACCACAACAACGUACCCAGUCUCCGUUGCAGGCGAUGUCAUGACUAUAGAGGUCAACCUCCCUCAAGUCUAUACAACAGUCACAAGCUAUGGUGCUUUGACUACACCAGGGACAAAGACAUACCCUGUCUCUAUUGCAGGCGACGUCAUUACGGUUGAGGUUGAUCUACCGCAAUCAUAUAUAACGGUCACAAACUACGUUCCAGGUAUUACUGCCCCCGCAGCAACGACCCUGCCGGAAUCAGUUGCCGGUGAUGUCAUCACUGUGCUUCUUGAUCUUCCACAGUCGUAUACAACUAUCACGUCCUAUGUUGACACUGUGACUUCGCCCUUGACUACAACAUACCAGCCCUCUCUUCCUGGUGACGAUGGUACUGUUGUAGUUGAAAUUCCUCAGGUAUAUACUACAGUCAGAAGCUACCGCCCAGACAUCACCGCUCCCGCAACAACCACUUUGCCGGCAGCUACGGCAGGAGAUAUUAUCACUGUACUCCUUGACCUCCCACAAUCGUACACAACUGUCACGACCUACGUUGAGAGCGCCACUGCACCUUCAACUACUACAUAUCAACCUUCACUUGAUUGGGACUUUGUCACUGUCAUGGUCAAGAUCCCUCAGGUAUACACCACUAUUACCAGCUAUGUCGCCUUUGCUUCUCCUUUGACAACGACGUUGCAGCCAUCAACUCCAGGAGACGUUUGCACAGUGUUGGUCAAUCUUCCUAUCUCAUAUUCAACUCUCACAAGCUACGGGUCCUAUGCUCGGCCUACGACUACCACUUUGUCGGCCUCUGAUGGCUUAGCUACUGUUGUUGUUGGACUUCCUCAGCCGUAUACAACCAUCACUAGCUAUGGCUCUUUUACAGCUGCUGCAACUACGACACUGGCACCCUCUGUCCCUGGUAGCGAUGCUACUGUUGUUGUUCAAGUGCCACAGUCGUAUACAACCCUGACUAGCUAUGGCGAUUUUACAGGACUUUUGACCACAACACUAGACCCGUCUGCACCUGGUCCUGUGGCUACUGUUGUCGUCAACGCCCCACAGCUGUAUACGACAGUGAGAAGCUAUGGUCCUUUUACAGCAGAUGUAACUACAACUAUCGGACCCUCUAUUCCGGGAGCUCUUGCUACUGUUUUAGAGCAGGUGCCGCAGUCAUACACAACUGUGACUACGUAUGGGACUUUCACCACUCUUGAGACUUCAACAUUACAAGACCCUGUACCUGGUCCACUAGCUACUGUUAUCGUUCAGGCCCCGCAGCCAUAUACAACCGUCACCAGUUAUGAGUUCAUCCCAGCUGCUACAACUACAACCUUACCGCCGGCGUCUCAAGACAUCGCUGCUACUGUUCUUAUCAAGCUCCCUCAGCCAUGCACUACAGUGACUAGUUAUGGGUCUUUCACUGCCCCUGUAACUAGUACCGUAGCACCUUCUGCACCUGGCAGCCUGGCCACUGUUGUUAUCGGACUCCCUCAGCUGUACACAACCGUCACCAGUUAUGGGUUCAUCUCCGCAGCAGCAACUGCGACCUUACAACCGGCCUCACAAGGCGGUGUUGCUACUGUUGUUAUUAAAGUCCCCCUGUCUUAUACAACUACAACGACUUACGGGGCUUUCACAACUGCGGCAACUACCACCAUGGCCCCUAACUCUCAAGAUAGUGUGGCGACUGUAGUUGUUCAAGUUCCCCAGCCUUACACGACUCUAACUACUUACGGUUCCUUCUCCGGUAUGGCAACUACAACCUUAGCACCAGCCUCUCAAGGAGAUUCUGGCACCGUGGUUGUACAAGUUCCUCAGCCAUACACGACCCUGUUCAAAUACGGUUCCUACACGACCGGGGCGACUACAACCAUGCCGCCAGCUUCUCAAGGUGAUCCCGCUACUGUCGUUGUUCAGGUCGCCGCGUCGUAUACAACAGUGACGAGCUAUUCUACUGGAUUCUCAGGCUCGAGCAUAUCCACGGGGCCGGUACCAACUGACGGUUCACCUGCCACGGUAUGUGUUGUCCUUCCUGCCGUUGGCACGCAAGUCGCGGACCAGACAUGCGACAACACAGGCUUGGAAUACGCCAUUUACACCCACAAUUAUUACAAUUCUGACCCUCCCAAUUAUUCAUCCUUCAAUGCCGAAUCCUUCAAGACAAAGCUACCGACCUUUACUGGUCUUACAGACCGAAUUGGCAUCCAGGAGGUUGGAGGAGGAACGUCGGGAAAUCCCUAUACUCCCCAGAGUAUUUAUCCCCUCUCACCGAUUCAGUGGUGGCAGUACAAAGCAGUCAACCAUCGAGCAUUCUUAUACGCACCUAUCACAGGGGUCUAUUCCAUCGUAGUUCCAUACUCUGAUGAGAUCACCUUGGUCUGGUUCGGUAACAAGGCUAUGACUUCAUGGACGCGCAGUAAUGCGGAUUUGGAGCAAGGUUAUUCGUGGGGACCGUCGGCCUCGAAGACAUACAAAAUUCAGCUCACUGCAGGUACUUACACCCCGUUUCGUCUUUUGUGGGCUAAUGCCCAGGGGGACUAUGGCAUGAUUGUCACUGUUACGGCGCCAGAUGGAACUGUCAUUGUUGAUGGAUCGGGGUCCAAGAAUGACUACUUUGUUAGGUUCACUUGCGACAAACUCAGCUUGUCAUUCCCUAAGUUUGGAAGCGGUGGUUAG